AUGGCGGCGGGGCCGGGAGCUGCGGGCGCCGCUCGCGUCUCCUCAGGCCGGGACUUGAGCUGCGUCCCGGAGGUGGCGGGAGCGUUGGGGGCCGUGGCCAGGCAGGGGUUCGAUUUCCUGUGCCUGCCCCUGUUCCACCCUCGGCACCGUCGGGAAUUCGGGGCGGGACCGGCCCGGGAGCGGCCGGGACCCCAGACCCGCUCGGACCUGGUGCUGGCCGGCCGAGACUGGAACACUCUGAUCGUGGGGAAGUUGUCGCCCUGGAUCCGCCCGGAUUCCCCCCUGGAGCACGUCAGGAAAAAUUCCCAGAAGGCGCUGAGGCAGGAGCUGGAUUUUGGGGCUUACCUGGGGCUGGCCGCUCACCUGGUGCCCCUCAGGGGGAGCCACAACCCCAACCUGGCCAGGGGCCUGAGCGCUCACCUGCACAGCGGGCACCACGGCACACAGUUCUGGGUCCAGGUGCCGCUGGUGGCCCCCGAGGAUUCCCGCGAUGACGUCAUCGGGAAUGAGGCGAUGACGUCACCAGGGGGCGGAGCCGAGGAGAGCACGUGGGAGUGGUGGCACAACUUCCGGACCCUCCUGGACUACAACAAACGGGUGGCGCUGGCCCUGGAGCUGGGCCCUGACCUGCCCUCAGCCCCAGCCCUGGCUCGCUGGCUCGGGGAGCCCGUGAGGGCGGCGCUGCUCCCCACCCGACUCUUCCUCACCAACAAAAAAGGGUUCCCAGUGCUGGGCAGGGGCCACCAGAGGCUGCUGGGACAGCUGCUCAAGCUGGACGUGCAGAUCAUCGUGCAGGGCUCCCCCCACCACGGGGGCCGGCCCCUGGCCGCGUACCUGCAGUACCUGGAGCACCUGGGCCAGCACCGCCCGCCCCCCUCGGCCUACGAGCUCUACGCCCGCGGCUACGAGGAUUACCUGCAGAGCCCCCUGCAGCCCCUCAUGGACAAUCUGGAGUCCCAGACCUACGAGGUUUUCGAGAAGGAUCCCAUCAAAUACUGCCAGUACCAGCAGGCGAUCUUCAGGUGCCUCCAGGACCGGGUGCCCGAGGAGGAGCGGGACACGAAUGUGCAGUGA